AUGGUGUCGACGUGCACUCCGGUCACGGAGGAAGGCAGGCACGUGUUUGAGAUCGUCGGCUACAGCAAGCACAGGGGAAUGGGCCACGACGCCUUCAUUAGGUCCGGCACUUUCUCCGUCGGUGGCCACCACUGGGUCAUUCGCUUCCACCCUGAUGGGUACCUCUCCAGCUCCGCCAAGGUAGGCAACGGGGCUACUGCAGAUUUCAUCUCAGUGUACCUUCAGCUCUUGAGCAAGGACGCCAAGGUGCGGGCGUCCUGCGACCUGAGCCUGGUCGUCCAGAACACCGGUUUGUCGACUUCGGUGCACAAGACAGGGCCCAGGAUAUUCCACCAAGGUCAAAUCAGUGCGUUUGCCCCGCAGACAAACGUGUUCAUGAAGACGAGCGAGCUCGAGGCGUCAGGGUACCUUCAGAACGAUCACCUCACGAUCAAAUGUGUUGUUACUGUCAUGAUGGAACCACAGGUAGCUACGACAGAAUUCCUGAACAAAAUCGACCUCCCGCCACCCAGCAUCAUAGAGAACCUAGGCAGCUUGUUGGAAACAGAGGAGGGUGCAGAUGUCAGAUUCAGUGUUGGAGGUGAGACCAUUGCAGCACACAGACUUGUGCUUGCUAUGCGGUCACCGGUUUUCAAAGCAGAGCUCUAUGGGACGAUGAUGGAGGGGAGGUCACAGCUUGUUACCAUCGAAGACAUGCAGCCUGCCGUGUUUAGAGCCCUGCUGCAUUUUAUCUAUACUGAUUCUUUGCCUGACAUGGUUGAUCACGAGGGAGAUGCUGUCAUUGAAAUGAUCCGCCAUUUAAUCGUAGCUGCAGACAGGUAUGCUGUGGAUGGGCUCAAGUUGAUAUGUCAAAGCAUCCUUUGUGAGAAACUUAAUGUGAUGACCGUGGGAACAACAUUGGCUUUGGCUUAUCAACAUAACUGUGACAGGCUUAAGGAUGCUUGCCAUGAGUUUCUCACAGCUUCAAAUGUGAUGGAUAUAGUGAUAGCAACUCCAGGUUAUAAGAAUCUCAAGACAACUUGCCCUUCUGCGCUAGCAGAUGCAUUUGAGAAGGCGAUGAAACGGCGUAAAACAUAA